ACAUGUUCAAAAACCGCCACCGUGCGUAAAAUGUCCACAUUCCAGAAUCAAAGUUAGAAUAAAGCCGGGGUGUUGUGAUUGAAAGCCUACCGUGUAAUCAGAAAAUCGCCGAUGUCACGAAAUAAAAAUACUCUGCCGCAUUAAUAUGAUGACCCAGCCUUCUGGCGGAUACGGGCGGUGACGGGUGAGAUAUUAUAUGAUGGGAGGUCAAAUCUGGGUGUUCACACAGAAGUCUGAGGACGAUCCAUUGAACAGUAACGUGGUGGUACAUCCUAGUGGUGGCUGAAAGCAAUGGGCUGAACCCCUGCUUGGGGGUUGACUCUCACACACAGCGCAGUCCCCCACACACAGAGCCAUGCCCAACAGCGACAGACCGACCGACGCUGCUAGAGGGCUGCCAGAAGAUAACUUCAAAGUUGGUUUCGAUAUGAGCCCGAGAGCCGAGCGAAGGAAAGACAUCGAGUAAAGCUUUAGUUUUUUUUUUCUUUUUGUUUGUUUGUUUUGUUUUGGUUUGGAUUUUUUCGGAAAUCAAGUGGUGCUUAGGGCUUUUUUGAUCAGCAAAUAUCCAGAAAAGACGCUUUUGGAGAGCGCACCGAGCCGAGGGCGCAUACACGGCGAGAGGAGGUACACGGGAGGAACUUCGUCGCGGUCAGACACGCACCGAAGCGACUUCUCUUUGUCGGACACACGAGUGUUUGAUCACACAGACGUUCUUGUUGUUACUGAGAGGAGCACUGUUGCUAAUCUUGGCGCCGCUCUCUCGGAAGACGCGCGUCAAAGUUUGGAGAGCGGAACUGCGCCUUUAGAAAAGCAAAAGCUGGUGGCAGUUUAUCGCUCUAUUGCAAAUAACUUAACUCGUCCCGUCCACUUCUCCUUGCUGCCGGUGCCCGUGUAGCAACUCAAACAGCGGCUGCUUCACUGGGAAGAUGUCCACCGACAGAAAUCUGACACAUCUCGACUUUAGACGUCGCUUCCUUUGAGUCCGAUUCAAGGAGUUGCGUGUUCACCUCGCCACACGCACAGAACAAGAAAAAUAAAUAAAUAAAAGAAGUUAGAGAGAGAGGCGCUGCGAGAACUGAGCCAGUAUCUCGGGACAGACUUAACGAGAAAACGUUUUCUGAAGUUUUGCGGUAAACGAUGGAUCGUUGAGGCCAGGGAGAGACACUUCGUCAAAGAAAAGAAAGAAAAAAGAAGAAAGCGCUGGUGAAUCCUUAGCACUUGUGAGUCAGUGCGCUUACUCAAAGGAGUAGGGGGCAAAGGAGCCCGGCGUUCCCCUCGUUGGAGACCCCAUGUGAACUGGGUAUAACAAGAGAUUUUGGUGUGUUGUGUUGUUUUGUGUUGUUGGGGAGGUGGAGGUUGGAUAGUAAAGACAAAAGAGACGGAUAAAGUCUGAGAGUGAAGCGGCUAAUUGCUUAGUCCGUCCCUCAUUACCAUAUCCAAUGCGCGUCCAUUGGCCUCCAGCCAAUCCUCCCCACCUUCACACACUGCCAUUAAUCGCGAGGCAUUAUUCACUAUCAUAAUUAUUAUACCGACAUGCGCAAUCCAACGCACAGCAACAGCAGCGGCAGCAGCAACACCGGCUAAUUUCAGAUUUAUAUUUUUUCUCUCCUCCUCUCUCUCUCCGCCACCAGACUGUUUGCGAACUUUUUGUGUGUUGAUUCGCUCUUCGCUGAUGUAUCUGCAAAACGCAGACACAUCUCGGAGCGCAAACGCAGCAGCAUCGCCACCACUAAAGCCAGCAGCAUGUCCCGACGCAAGCAAGCCAAACCGCAGCACCUCAAGUCGGACGAGGAUCCCGCACUAGCCGGGGUGAUUUCCGAGCACGCCCGAGGUGAUGUGCUGGAUGAUGCCGACAGCGGGAAUGAGAGCCGCAGUGGCAGUGAGGAGACCCAUGUAUGUGAGAAGUGUUGUGCUGAGUUCUUCAAAUGGUCAGACUUCUGUGAACAUUUAAAGAGCUGCACUAAGAACCCCCUGGUGCUUAUAGUGAAUGACAAUGAGGACACACCUAACCCCUCACAGGAGUACCCUACAGAGCCCUCCCCUGUACCCAGCUGCCCUAGUGAGCAGGCUGACAGUGAGGACCCCAGGGAGGGGAGCCACAGCCCUGCUGGUGAGGGGGAUGACAUCCCAGAGACAGCAACCUUAAAUGGGGUCAGUGUCCUGGAAAAGGAGGACGAGCAGAUGGAGCUGGAGCUUUCUCCCGAAAAAAAUGUGGAUCCUGAAGAAAGAGAUGUGACAUCCCCUGAGCCAGAUGGCUCCCUACCUCAGCUCAAUGAUGUCGUUCCCUCUGCUGUUACAAGUUACGCCAUGCCAAGCACCAAUGUUACCUUAGAGACUCUUCAUGGCACCCGUGUUGCAGUUGCCCAGUUUUCACAGAGUGUAAGGGCAGCAGCGGGCAGUGGGGUUUCCACCAUGGCUAUUCCCAUGAUCUUGGACCAGCUGAUGGCCCUCCAACAGCAGCAAAUUCAUCAGCUGCAGCUAAUAGAACAAAUUCGCAGUCAAGUGGCUCUCAUGAACAGACAGUCUGCCCCACAGCCUGCUCUUAACCACCAUCACAGCAACGCUACUGGAAGCCAGGGGCCCGUCUCCUCCUGUGUCCCUCCUGUUGCAAGUCAGCUUCAGCUACAUAAUUUUAUCACUCCCCCAGUCCAUCAGCUGCCUGUUAGACUGCCGGCCACUCUCAAUGGUCAAGGACCUUCACCUCUGACCUCAGCAAUAGAAGGGCCUCUCUCUCAAACACCACAAAGCAGCAGUCAGCAAUCUAACUCUUCAGCUCUGAUCACAUCUUCAACUAACUCAGCUUUUCCUCCACCAAGUGGUACUGGAUUGUCAUCUCUACUUCCCCCCUGCUCAUCCUCUGUCACAAACAACAGCAUUAGCACUAGUAGUAGUAUAACAGGAGGCAGUGGCAUUAGCAGCAGCUCAACUCUUUCCAGGAACUCUAGCACCCCUCCUUCCCUCACUCACAGCACCCUCCUGAGCUCUUCUUCCAGUCUACCGCUGAUACCUCACAGCUCUUCGAGCAGUGUUAUCUUCCCUAAUCCACUGGCCAGUAUAGCAGCCACAGCCAAUGCACUCGAUCCUCUCUCUGCUCUAAUGAAGCACCGCAAGGGGAAGCCCCCAAAUGUGUCUGUAUUUGACACUAAGCCCAGCUCUGAGGACCCCUUCUUCAAGCAUAAGUGUCGGUUCUGUGCCAAGGUGUUUGGCAGUGACAGUGCCCUACAGAUCCACCUGCGUUCCCACACUGGAGAAAGGCCCUACAAAUGCAACAUAUGUGGCAACCGCUUCUCCACCAAGGGGAAUCUGAAAGUCCACUUCCAGAGGCACAAAGAGAAAUACCCACAUAUACAGAUGAACCCCUACCCUGUGCCAGAGUACCUGGACAAUGUUCCCACAAGCUCAGGCAUCCCAUAUGGCAUGUCAUUGCCCCCAGAAAAACCUGUUACCACAUGGCUAGACAGUAAGCCAGUUCUUCCCACAGUUCCCACCUCUGUUGGACUCCAGCUGCCUCCAACAUUACCGAGUAUGAUGGGAGGAUUUGGUGAGUCUCCAAGCCUCACUCCGCUCAACAGGUCUCCUCAGAGGCCAUCCCCACCCUCAAGUGACUGUGCAUCUUUGUCCCCAAAUAUCAUCACUGACUCAUGCAUGACCACUACUUCACCAUCCCCAAAACCAAGCCUAGGGUGUGAGGCACCUCCUUUACUGAAACCCGAAGGCAUUCUUUUGCCCGCAAGCUGCUCUACUAGACCGGGAGAGAACACGACUAGCACAACGACCAUAACUCAAGUGCUUCUUUCCACUACUGUCACCUCCACAUCAUCGUCCAGCAGUGGACAGGUCUCUGAACCCAUCAGUAGCCCCAACUCGGCCUCUAAUUCUGUCUCCCAUCCUGUCCUUCCCAUGCUCUCAGACCAUUUUAAGGCCAAGUUUCCCUUUGGAGGCCUCUUAGACUCUAUGCAAACAUCAGAGACAUCCAAGUUACAGCAGCUUGUUGAGAAUAUUGACAAGAAGAUGACUGACCCCAACCAGUGUGUCAUCUGUCACCGUGUUCUGAGUUGCCAGAGUGCUCUGAAGAUGCACUAUCGCAUCCACACUGGUGAAAGGCCUUUUAAAUGUAAGAUAUGUGGGCGGGCAUUUACAACCAAGGGAAAUCUGAAAACACACUUUGGUGUCCACAGGUCCAAACCUCCACUUCGGGUUCAGCACUCUUGUCCUAUAUGUCAAAAGAAAUUCACCAAUGCAGUUGUACUACAGCAGCACAUCCGUAUGCACAUGGGUGGGCAAAUUCCCAACACACCCAUCCCCGAAAGCCUGCAAGAAAUGGAUACUGACCCCUCCUUUGAUGAGAAGAGCUUAGAUGCCAUGAGCAAUUAUGAUGAUGACCUUCUGGAUGAAAUGGAGCAGGCCAUAGAUGAUGAAGCUGAUUUAAAAGAGGGAGAUAUGGACUCAUCCAAACCUUUUUCACCUGGGAGCUCUCCACCAACUUCUGUAAUCUCCAGCAUUGCUGCAAUGGAGAACCAGAUGAAGAUGAUUGACUCUACCGUCAACAUGACUCGUACAUUUGGUCUGAAGCCUUUGCAGAAUGGCAGUAGCUUUGGAGGGGAGACUGAUUGCUUUACCACUGAUUCUCUGUCUGCAGUUGGGGAUGCUGAGGGUCAAAGCUUGGGGAGCCCCGCUUUGUCUGAGUCCUCUGGCUCUAUCCAGCAUUUGUCCCCAGCCCACAGUCAUUCUGAGAGCCAACGAUCCAAAUCCCCUGCUGCACUCAACAAUAAUAACAUCAGCAGUGCCAUGACAGCAGAGGAGGUCCAAGACAACAAUACAGCUGGCCUGGCAACAGUAAAGUCGGAAAAAUCCGAGACGCCAUCUCCGCUUCCUGCAACUGAAGGCACUGGGGCCCUUGACCUGACUGCCACUCAGCCAGGCAGGCACUUUAUCAAAGAGGAGAGCCACUUCAACGUGCUGUUUCUAAACAGAGAUCGAGGGCUGAGCACUCCCAAUUUGGCCAGCACUGCAUCAAACAUGAUUAAAAUGGAAAUGAACGGCCAUGGGAAGUCAAUGUCUCUGAGCGACAACCCUCACCUGCCCGUGGGCAUUCAGGUUCCAGCUGCAGCGCCCCCAACCACCAUGAGCCCUAGCAUCAACCCCAUGUUGGCUCCCCCGCCUCCACGACGCACUCCUAAGCAGCACAACUGCCAGUCGUGUGGGAAAAAUUUUUCCUCAGCCAGUGCUCUGCAAAUCCAUGAGCGUACACACACUGGGGAGAAACCUUUCGCCUGCUCUAUUUGUGGAAGGGCUUUCACCACAAAGGGCAAUCUCAAGGUUCACAUGGGAACGCACAUGUGGAACAAUGCCCCGGCCCGAAGGGGUCGACGACUGUCUGUGGAGAAUCCCAUGGCCCUGCUGGGUGGGGACGCCAUGAAGUUCAGCGAGAUGUUUCAGAAAGAUCUUGCUGCUCGGGCCAUGAACGUUGACCCGGGCUUUUGGAACCAGUACGCAGCCGCCAUCACCAAUGGCCUGGCCAUGAAGAACAAUGAAAUCUCUGUGAUCCAGAAUGGAGGCAUCCCCCAGCUGCCCGUCAGCCUUGGUGGCGCAGGAAUCACUUCAUUGGGAGCAAUGCCUGGAGGGAUGGACCGCGUUCACACAGGCAGCAGCCCUCCCAUGACGGGUAUGGAAAAGACUGGUCUGGAUGUCACAGCUAACCGCCCCUUCUCCAGAUUUAUGGAGGAGAACAAAGAAAUUGGGAUCAAUUAAAGAGACUUUUCUGUAUAAUUCCAGGUAGGCAAAGACUACAAGGCUGUUUAUGAGGAAAGAAACUGCUGAUCCAGUCUGAACUCAUGCGUACUAUAUUAUGUACAGAUUAAAUAUUUUUUGUUUGUUUUUGGAAACAUAGUAUUUAGUAUUGAUUAGAGGUUUUUGCCUUUCACCCAUUCCCUGCUCACUUGAUAUUUCGCCUAUACGAAGAAUACUUUGUCUCUUGUUUGAGAAUAUGUCGUCUUGCAAGAUUUGCAUGGUACUUAUUGGUUUUUAUCAGUACGUUUGACUGCUUUUAUGAAUUCCUUUGAAAACCAGGAUCCUGCCUCAGUUAUGAUUAGCAAGCAUCUUAUCUGGACAGGACUAAAACACAAAAAGGACAGAGUUUUAGCUCAAAGUCAGUCUGAACAAUGUCUGCCAACCUCGUUUAUGGUUGCUAUUUUAAAUAUAAAGGGCCAUGGAUAGACUGAAGAAAAGACUGAAGU